AUGUCUAGAGCAGCUGGGACCUUAAUCACCACAAACAAUGCCACCUAUAUACCACCACGAUUUAUGCCUGGGUAUCGUGGUUACUGCCCCACCAUCAAGUUUGACUAUGGCGAGACGUACGGAAAUCAAACAGCAAAAUACUUUCAAGAUUACAGGUCCUCUGUCCUGACCAGUGCAGCUGACCCUUACAGCAAAGGUGGAUCAUUCCCUACAUUAUACUCUCACAACCCAGACCUGGUUAUCAGUAACAGAACCAGAACUCAAGAUAGCCGGCUCUUGGCUCCAAGAUACCAACUCUCUAAUGUGGAUCAUAACAGCAAAGAGGAGCUGUACCAGUUUAACACUCUGGCACAAGCACACAGGGAACAUUAUACAGAUAAGAGUGGAACUGUAAAAAGUGUGGAUUAUUUCAGCAUCCCUGAAUCACUGGAGGCGCAGAUGAAGAGAAAGUUUCCCAGUUAA